AUGUACUGUACAAUACUUAACUUUUUAAGCUUUUCUGCCUAUUGCGUACUCAAGUCUUCAUCUUUGAACGGCAACGCGUCGCUACUUGAACAACACCUUAAGACCUUUCUCCCCUUUCCUACCACGUCAACCAAUAUUCUCCACGACAACAACAAACUCUUCAAGCCCUUCUGCUGCGUGCAAGCUGUGCCUUUGCUACAGCAAACCGUGACCUCUAGACAGCGUCCUUGUCGCAAUUUGCUUUAUCUGCACUACGCGCAAAUCAAAGCCCUAGCUAAGAUGGCGGAUGAUACUCCCCGCAAAACCCCUUCCUCAAAUACAGGAGGAGCAAGAACGGCAGGCGUCAUCAGCGUUCAACAACAGCGUGUGCGUGAUGUUUCAGUUGAAUCAAUCAAGAAAAGAUGGAACAUCGGCAGCCUUGAAGCGGCCUUCCCUGCUGAAAUCACCCCUGUCAGUAUGGGAAUUGCUGCAAUUGCUAAUGUUAAGGCUAUUGCGAACAAGGUCCCCAACUUAGCAGCUGCGCAAGAGCUUUUCUUGAAUCAUUGCAAAACCGAAAGUGGAGACUAUGUGCCAUUCGGAUUCAGUCACACGGUUAAGGUACUGAGGUUUCUCAAGGAAAACGGACCACCAACUACAGCGGAACAGCCGUCAACUCCAGAGACAAUUCGCCUUCCCCAGGGGCUAGGAGCUGCUACUGAAGAGGCGCUGGAAUCGGAUCCCGAGAAUGAGGCUGAAUCUCAGCUUCUGGAACAGACCCAGGCUCCAUCUGCCUCUAUGAUCGCAGGUACAGCUUCACCAACAAAGAAACGCAAGGGUCCUUCUGAACAGCCUGAUGAUAAUGGUACAAAGCUGCCUCCUUCCAAGAAGCGAAAGAACGAAAACGAGAGCAAAUAUGGUAGCAAUGGCGCCAAUCAAGCCGGCCCAUCGCAUACUAACACUCUGUUGCCCACCAAAAAGAAGGCUGGCCGUCCCAAGGAACACAAUGCCGACGAUAUGAAGCCAGUCGCUCAAGCUAAGAAGGGAAAAUCCCAAAUGGACAAGCAACCUCCUAAGGCUCGCGCUGAUCAAGAAAACAAAUUGCACAAUUCAGGCAAGAACCAGGCUGUUGGAAAGGGAGUCCGUAAGGGCAAGAUGCCACAGGCGAAGGCUAGUGAGGGAAGUGCAGGGAACAGACAUGCGCUCAAUCAAGACGCUGGUAAUGGCCUGGGCAGCACAGCUUCGGAAUUGGACAGUUCGAAUGGUCAAGCUACUAGUACAGGCUUUCGAAGUGAGGGUCCCGAACCUCCAACCUCACCAGCAGCUACCAGCGAGGAUGGGGAUGGCUGGUGUAAUAGUCUAGAGAAAAAGGCGGCCGCUCAAAAGGUCAAAAAUGCCCAGUUGUUCUCUACUCUGAACUCAGGCUCGACCACCAGGAAUGUUGCAAACAAACAGACAGGCAUGGCUGAGGAUGAAGAUGAAGAUGAAGAUGAAGAUGGAGGUGGAGAUGAAGAUGAUGAAGUUGAAUACGGAGAUGAAGACGGAGAUGAGGAUGAAGAUGAGGAUGGGGAUGAAGACACUUUUGUUGUUCAAAACAAGGGAAUGGGCAACAAGGGCAAUGCACCAAGCCAAAGCUCCGCAAUGGUUUCUGCAAGCUCCACUCAUCGCUGGCGUGAUUCAUUGGAAAGACUCUGCGAGGGGUUCUCUGAUAUAUUCGGGGAAUUUCUCCUUUCUGAAGAUCUCCUUUCGCCAGUGAUUCUGGGCCGCGAGGGCAUGGUCCUCGAUGACCUCGACCUUGUCUUGCAGAGCACCGCUGGACACUUGAGAAGCGACAUCGAGCGCGUCUUCGCCAGACACGGGUUGCGAGAAUGA